UGAUAGAGCAGAGCUCCACCUCGUCUCCUCUUGUUGCUCUGCUCGGCUCGAACCCACCGCAGACCGGAGGCACGCACGCCGGCCGGGGACCUCCUCCUCCAACGCCGCCGCCGCCCUAAUUCCUCCCUCCCUCACUCCAAGCCUCUACUCCAUCACCAAUCUCCCGCCGUCGCCACGCCGCGGUCGAGGGUCUAGUCCGCCUUUCCUGGCGCCGCCGGAGGGUGACGACCGCCGGCGACCGGAGCGGACUUCGCUCGAGCCGUACGCCUACGCCGACUCCGGUGGCCACUCCAGUAAGUGCCGACAGCGCUCGUGCAGCAGCCCUGCUGAACCUAAAAUGGCGGCCCUGCCACUGGCCACCGCGGAGGCCUGCGACGCGAACUCGCACAUGAUCACCAGCGGCGAGCUCCGCGCGCUGCAGCCAGUCUUCCGGAUCUACGGCGGGCGGCGGCUCUUCGCGGGCCCUGUGGUGACGGUCAAGGUGUUCGAGGACAACGUCCUGGUCCGUGGCAUCCUUGAGGAGAAAGAUGAGGGCAGGGUCCUGGUGGUCGACCGCGGCGGGAGCCUCCGCCGCGCCCUCCUGGGGGGCAACAUCGCCAUGCUGGCGCAGAACAACGGGUGGGCCGGCAUCAUGAUCAACGGCUGCGUCCGGGACGUCGACGAGAUCAACGAGUGCGACAUCGGCGUGCGGGCUCUCGGCUCGCACCCGAUGAAGUCGGACAAGAGGGGGGUGGGCGAGAAGCACGCCCCGGUCACCGUCGCCGGCGCCAGGAUCUGUGAUGGUGAGUGCCUCUACGCCAACGCCGACGGCAUCCUCGUAUCGAAGACCGAGCUCAGCGUGUAGUGCAGGGCUCCCCAGUUGCCUGUGCUGUUCCCCUCUGUGUAUGUAUUUUCUGGCGUGUAAAAUGAUGUAUGAAUGCAUGAACUGGGCAGUUGCUCCUUCAGAACAGAAGCUCUGAUAUCUGAACUUGAGAUGUCAUGAGCUCUCAACUGAACAUGUAAAUGAUAAUGGCAGGCUUGUCUUGCUUGAUCAAAAGGAAUGAACAAUGGGGAUAAUAAUACUUA